CACUGAGAGACCGUUUCCCCCAAAGGUUCUUCUCGUUUUUGUAGUUUUGUAGGUCAUUUUUAGAGUAGAAUAGAAGCUGGUUUAGUGCAUAGUAUUUCUGUCCUCUCAGUAAAGUUACUAAAAGUGCAGUUCUGGGAGGUUUUAUUCGGUUCAGAAGGGAUGAUGAUGGGGACUUUACGCGACCUCCAGUACGCGCUACAGGAGAAAAUUGAAGAACUGAGACAGAGAGACGCGCUCAUUGACGAACUGGAGCUCGAAUUGGAUCAGAAAGACGAACUCAUUCAGAAACUGCAGAACGAACUGGAUAAGUACCGCUCCGUGAUCCGCCCGGCUACCCAACAGGUCCAGAGCCGCCCGGAGCUGCAGGAGCAUCAGCGCACCAAACGCCAGGCGAUCAGCGCCGAACCAGCCAACGUCCAGCAGCUGAGUCACGUGACCCUGCCCAACGUCCCCAAGAGUGCCAAGUCAAAGGAACUGAUCAAGUCAGCUAUUCUGGACAAUGACUUCAUGAAGAACCUAGAGAUGUCUCAGAUCCAGGAAAUAGUGGACUGUAUGUAUCCAGUGGACUAUGACAAAAACAGCUGUAUUAUUAAAGAAGGGGAUGUGGGCUCCCUCGUCUAUGUCAUGGAAGAGGGAAAAGUUGAAGUGAGUAAAGAAGGAUUGAAGCUGUGCACUAUGGGACCAGGAAAGGUGUUUGGAGAGCUUGCCAUCCUUUAUAACUGCACCAGGACGGCCACUGUGAGAACUGUGACCAGUGUGAAGUUAUGGGCCAUCGACAGACAGUGCUUCCAGACCAUCAUGAUGAGGACGGGACUCAUCAAACAUGCAGAAAAUAUGGAGUUAUUGAAAAGUGUCCUGACGUUCCGGGGUCUUCCAGAAGAAAUACUGAGCAAGCUGGCUGAUGUCCUUGAGGAGACCCACUAUGAGGAUGGCGACUACAUCAUUCGCCAGGGGGCAAGAGGAGACACGUUCUUCAUUAUCAGUAAAGGAAAGGUGACGAUGACUCGAGAGGACUGUCCGGGUCAGGAGCCCGUCUACUUGCGUUCUAUGGGGAAAGGAGACUCCUUUGGGGAAAAAGCCCUACAAGGGGAGGAUAUCAGAACAGCUAACGUCAUCGCAGCAGAGUCUGUCACCUGCCUUGUGAUCGACAGAGUCUCAUACAAACAUCUGAUUGGAGGUCUGGAAGACGUAUCCAACAAAGGCAGUGAAGACGCAGAGGCAAAGGCAAAAUACGAGGCAGAGAACGCAUUCUUCUCCAACCUAAACCUGUCUGACUUCAACAUCAUCGACACUCUUGGUGUUGGAGGAUUUGGACGUGUUGAACUGGUGCAGCUCAAGAGCGAUGAGAUGAAGACAUUUGCGAUGAAGAUCCUAAAGAAGCGCCACAUUGUGGACACGAGACAGCAGGAGCACAUCCGCUCUGAGAAACUGAUCAUGCAGGAGGCACAUUCCGAUUUUAUUGUCAGACUCUAUAGGACGUUUAAGGACAGUAAAUACCUCUAUAUGCUGAUGGAGGCGUGUUUAGGUGGAGAACUGUGGACUAUUCUCAGAGACAGGGGCAACUUUGACGAUUCAACUACACGGUUUUACACGGCAUGUGUGGUGGAGGCAUUCGCUUACCUGCAUUCCAAAGGCAUCAUAUACAGAGACCUCAAACCAGAGAACCUGAUACUAGACCACAGAGGCUACGCCAAACUGGUGGAUUUUGGCUUUGCUAAGAAGAUCGGCUUUGGAAAGAAGACGUGGACAUUCUGUGGUACACCAGAGUAUGUGGCUCCAGAGAUCAUCCUGAAUAAAGGUCAUGACAUCUCCGCAGAUUACUGGUCCCUCGGCAUCCUCAUGUAUGAGCUGCUGACUGGCAGUCCUCCUUUUUCAGGACCGGAUCCAAUGAAAACGUACAACAUCAUUCUUAGAGGCAUUGACAUGAUAGAAUUCCCCAAAAAAAUUACUAAAAAUGCUGCCAAUCUCAUCAAAAAGCUAUGCAGAGACACGCCAUCUGAAAGACUAGGAAACUUGAAAAACGGUGUCAAAGACAUCCAGAAGCACAAAUGGUUUGAAGGGUUUUACUGGGAUGGAUUGAGGAAGGGGACACUGAUGCCCCCCAUCAUCCCUAAUGUAACAUCAUCCACGGACACCAGUAACUUUGACAGCUUUCCAGAGGACAACGAAGACCCACCACCUGAUGAUAACUCAGGCUGGGACACAGACUUCUAAACAGGCCUAAACACACACACGUGCACACAUACACAACACUGCUCACAUGGGAUGUCUGCCUGGGAUAGACAUGCUGCACUACAGGAUGGACUGGA